UUGAACUCAUUUCUCCUUGAAAGGUCCCACCAUAACUGAAUCUCUCCUUGAGCUAAUCCUUCCUUGAGGGAAUCCGCCGCAACCUAAUCUCUCCUUGAGCUAAUCCUUCCUUAAGGGAUUCCGCCGUAACCGAAUCCUUCCUUGAGCUAAUUCCUCCUUGAGGGAUUCCACUGUAACCGAAUCCCUCCUUGAGAUGAUUUCGCCAUAACCAAUCUCUCGCGGCGGGAUAUUACUUCCUUAACUAGAUAUUUCUUCUCUUAAUGAGAUACGCGUCCUUGCCCCUACUCUCGAAAUUUUCACCCCCACAAUGUCCCCUUUUUUUCUUUCCAAGCUAGCCACGAGCGGGGAAGAAAAAAAAGAUCUUUGAAGACUCGCCGCUGAUUCUUCCGGUUUUAAUGUUCCCAAGGUGUUGCCUGAAGGGAAUAUUAUUUUCUAAGGCGAGAUGCUCUUGUUUGCAAUUCGGAAGCUUAAUGUUCAUUCACUACGCUUCCCCUUUCUUUCACGAAUUUAAUAUUUCCAUGAAUCUUCCUUCUCCACACUUCCCGAUCCUGCACUUUAUUUACUCAUUUUUAUUAUUCUUCUUUUUUUAUAUUAUUUUUUUCUAUCAUUAGUUUCUUUCUCUCUUUUUUUAAAGCCGUAAUCGUUCAUACUCAUUCUCCUCUUCUCUUAUUCAAUCAUAUUCGUUUCCCAGCGAUAGAAGCGCCGUGCUCAAACCCACACGUUUGGAUGAGAAAAUUAUAAAAUCCGUAGGAAUUUAUAAAUGAUGGAAUCUUUAACUCCAUCAAUCUAAAAUUCCAUUAAUUGCAAUUUCUAUUGUUUGGUUGCAUCUAUUUAGGAUUUGAAAUGUGUAAUAAAUUAAGAAAGUUUAAAACAAAUAAAAAGAUAAAAUAGAAAAAAGUCUUGUUUUGGAAAUAAAAAUUGAAUACUGCAAAGGAAUUCGUAAAUGACACAUGUUUUGGUGAAAAUUGAAGUGAGGAAUUUAAAUAACGAAUUCCUUCGUUUUUUUCCACUGAGAAAUUUAAAAUUUCCAAUAUGAUAAUGCCAAACGAGAGAAUUGGCUUUUAGGAAUUAUGAAAUCCUCACUUUCAAUUAAAUUCCAUCAUUUUUUCUCUCAUCCAAACACACUUUAAAAGAACUCGAAAUGCAAUUGAAUACAAAGAGGAAGGAAAUGGCGGUGCAAUCCACGACUAACUGACGCUAUUGCCCCUCCUUCUUCCCGAAUCAACCAUCAAAGCACGAGAAAGUCUCUCCCUUGUAUUGUUGGUUCACUGCUAUCUUCCUCUCUGUCUCCCAGAUCUGCAGAUACCGACUAGCUCCUUGCUGAGCCUGGCCCCAGCGUGUGCUCCCUGUGAAGAAUUGAAGCUCUUCUUCCUCACUCCUAAAUCAUUCUCGCCAGCCGACUGUCGAUGCUGCUUCGACGACAAUCACACUCUUUGUCGGUAGUUAUGUCAAAGGAGACGAAGCCCACGAAGAUUGGUCCAUCAGUGGACUUCGGGGAGGAGGAAGUUGAAAACGACCUACUUAUUUGGACGCCAAAGGAAUUUCAGAUCCAAAGGGUGUGGGUCAAUAUUGUGGACUCGGAUCGAGUAUCGAUCUGCGCCGUUCCUAAGGGGGCCAAUAUUUUCACGGGUGAGAAUAUCCUGGAUAAUGCCCUCGUGAUUUCGUCCCACCACCUGCAAUUUUUGAGGUUCCCCUUCCACCCUCUAUUUCAAAUCAUAUGGCGUGUGUUGCGUUUGCAUCCGAUGCAACUCAACCCGAAUUCAUACAUGCUCCUUUCUGGCCUAUUGGUUAUGGGGAAGGGAUGGGAAGCUUCGCUUGGUCUUGGCGAUUUCUUUUAUUUUCACCGCUCAGCCCAUAUUGCCGAGAUGACUUUAUAUUUAAACUUUGCGUCACGCCCGCUCAGAAAAGUUUUUGACGAGAGGGCGAGUAAUUUUUCUAACUGGAAGACUGAACCACUUAUGGUUCUUCGUGAUUGGUCCGCACCAGAAGUUCCAGCUUUGAUUCCUAAGGCUUUCUCCGAACACGCUGUUACUUUUGAGUCUAUAAAUGGAAGGCAAGGAGUUAUAUGCACUGAAAUGGAAAGAAAUGGAGAAAUGAAGUUUUCCCAAUUCUAAUAGGAAAAGGAAUCCCAGUUGAAGUAGGAUUCCUAAGUCAAUUAGGAGUGAGCUUGGAAAAAUGAUGUUCGAAAAUGAGAAAUGAUUGAGUCCCAAUUGCACUAGGAAACCUGAUUGCAUUAGGAGUCCUGAUGAGACUAGGAUACCUAGGAAGGCUAGGAGAUGUUGUGGCUUCAAGAUUACUCAAGAUUGUUCAAGAAUAUUCUAGAAUGUCAAAGUUUGGGUCACAAAUAAAGAUGAGCUUCGAAAUGUCCAAGUGGAGAAGCCUGGCCCAAAUAUUGAAGCAUGUGACUUGCUUGUGAGUCUCUAGAAUCAUCCAUGACAUACGUCUUGGAGGAAUCCUAAUCCCAUAAUGCUUUGUUGUUCUCGUGAUAAUUACAAGAAAAUACUAGAAGAUUUCGGCAAAGGCAUAAAAAGGGAGAGUUGUGGAGAAUAUGUAUUUCGUGUGAAUUAUGGAAAAGAAAAUAAAGAGAAUAAAUAUUGAUUUAGGUUUCCUGAUUAUAUACAAGUUCAAUGAAGACUAAAUUGAGGGAAGAUGCAUGGUAAUUUCGGCAAAGAAGAUAUUCAUGAAGAUUCAAGAUUGUUCUAUACUUCUCAUCCAAUAUUUUGAUUGGUUGAAUGAUAUCAGUGAAGUAGAGAAUAUCUAGGAUAUCCUGCUAGCAUACCUUGCACUAUAUAUUGGAGGUUUGUGAAGACGUUUUUCACCACAAAAUUCAGAAUCAAGAAUCCACAAACUCGUCCCCUUUUCCUCUCAAUAUUUUAGUAACUUCAUCAUUCUUUAAAGUUCAAGACCGUGAAGCAUCUCCAUCUCCAUUCAAGCAUCCUUGCCGUGACUAUCAUCCUCUCCACCACAAUUGAAGCUUCUUACGUUCUUGAUCGAAGAAUUCAAAAGUGUAACUAUGAACACUUUUUUAUGUUUUCGGUUUUGGUUUCUUUGUAAAACUAACUUCGAAUUUGGUUUUGGUUUUAAUGAAUAUCAUUUGUGAUUU